AUGAAGUCCCACCGACCAUGGUUCCUCGGCUUGAUGACACUCAUCCAAGUCGGGGCUCUCAUCGGCACCCUCAUCCUCAACUGGAAAUCAACCGGCACGCCUAUUCAGACUAAUCCGAUGAAUUACAUGAUUGGCCCGGCCUCGGGAUCGCUUAUCACCAUGGGCGCCCGCUUCGUACCGUGCAUGCGACUCGGCACAGGAUUGGAAAACUACGCGAGCAUAGAGUGUCCAACGGGGAUAAAAGGGUCGGGGUCGGAUCCGGCCGUAUGUACGCUGGCGGAUAUAUGUGGGAUGGGCGGCGUGGAUAGGGCGAAACCAAAUCAGUGGUACCGGUUCUUUACGGCAAUUGGGCUGCAUGGAGGGGUGGUCCACUUGAUGUUCAAUAUGAGUUUCCAGCUGAGGACGGGGUUGCAGAUGGAGAAGGAUUUUGGGUGGUGGCGGGUGGCCGCAAUUUAUAUGACUUCUGGGGUUGCUGGGUUUGUGUUUGGAGCUAAUUUCAAUCCAUUAACGCCAAGUGUAGGCUGUUCCGGCUCCCUCUACGGCCUCCUCGCCUGCCUCCUCCUCGACCUCUUCCAAAACUGGCGGCUAAUCUCCAAACCCUGGCUCGAGCUCCUCAAAAUGCUCAUCCAAAUCUGCAUCUCGCUCAUGAUCGGCAUGCUCCCCUACAUCGACAAUUUCGCCCACAUAGGCGGGUUCGCGACGGGCAUCCUCGCCGGUCUCGUGUUCAUGCCCACCAUCCAUUUCGGGAAAUGGGAUCGAAUGCGGAAACGGAUUUUGAUGGGCGUUGCGUUUCCGGGCUUGGUGCUGGUGUUGUUCUUUAUGGUGAGGGGGUUCUAUGAUGCGACUGCGACGUGCACGUGGUGCAAGUACUUGAACUGCAUACCUGGGAUGCCGUGGUGUGAUCAGAAGUGGUCUGUGGCUACUGUUACGUCGAGUAGCAACACAUGA